AAUCUGAUUUAGAUCCGAAUCAUCUCAACUCCACCGGGUAUGGGUAGUCCUGGAAAGGAAGAGGAAAGGGUAGAGGAAAAAAAUGAUUUCGUCGUUUUGAUCACGAAACAAACAAGUCAUAAAACUGUUAUGAUUUCUUUCUUCAGAUCUCACGGCUCAACCAUCGAAGCAAAGAAACCCACAUCUCUCCACGAUUACACGACAACCCGAACAUCUCCCCUCAUAUAAAAUUCGAAUAGCUAAAUGAAGAAAGAAGAUAUACCCGAUAAAGGUCGGACCUUUCCCGUCGAUCCGAAUCUUCCUAGAUGCGUCUGCCAGAACUGUCACCACGCCCUCUGCAUCGUAGGCGUCGAUUCCUACGUCGAAAAAUUCCCAAACGACUCCUCUCGCUCCGCAAUGCAGGGGUCUUUAAUUCCUGGAGCUAGCAGCGUGCUGGGUUCAACACGAAUGGAUAACUCUUUUGUUCUGCUGCCAAAGCAAAAGCCCCUUGCACAAGGGAUCCCACCCGGUCCUCGUGGUGUGCCUGGUCAGUCUGAUGCAGCCCAACCUGGGAAAACUAUGGAAGAAUCAUUUGUGGUGGUAUAUAAAUCGGAGUCUGCUUCUGAUGGAGGUGGGACACAAUUACCAUUGUCUGAAGGUGGGCCAAAUAGUCCUUUGCAGCCGAACAACUCCGGAUUUCACUCAACUAUUACUGUCCUGAAACGUGCAUUUGAGAUUGCCACGACUCAGACACAGGUUGAGCAACCACUAUGCCUUGAAUGCAUGAGGGUGUUGUCUGACAAACUUGACAAGGAGAUUGAAGAUGCGAGUAGGGACAUCGAAGCAUAUGAAGCCUGUCUUCAGCGCUUGGAGGGGGAGCCACGAGAUGUUCUCAGUGAGGCUGAUUUUUGUAAGGAAAAAUUAAAGAUUGAGGAAGAAGAAAGAAAACUUGAAGCAGCAAUUAAAGAAAUAGAAAAACAGAAUGUUGAAGUAAAUGCUGAACUAAAAGAAUUAGAGCAAAAAUCAAACCGCUUCAAAGAAUUGCAAGAACGGUACUGGCAAGAGUUUAACAACUUUCAGUUUCAAUUAAUUGCUCAUCAGGAAGAGAGAGAUGCAAUUUUGGCAAAGACUGAAGUUUCACAAGCACAUUUAGAGUUGUUAAAGCGAACUAAUGUGCUCAACGAUGCUUUCCCCAUCUGGCAUGAUGGAGAAUUUGGAACUAUAAACAAUUUUCGUCUUGGCCGACUGCCUAAAAUUCCAGUUGAGUGGGAUGAAAUAAAUGCUGCCUGGGGCCAAGCUUGCCUCCUCCUUCAUACAAUGUGUCAAUAUUUCCGGCCAAAAUUUCUCUAUCGGAUAAAGAUAAUUCCCAUGGGAAGCUACCCUCGGAUAAUGGACAGCAACAACAAUACAUAUGAUUUGAUUGAGAACGACAAAGUGGAAAACUACUCCAUCACACAAAGCUUCAAUAAACAAGAGAAUUGGACCAAAGCUCUGAAGUAUACACUCUGCAAUCUGAAAUGGGCUCUCUACUGGUUUAUCGGGAGCACUAAUUUCCAGCCUCUGUCCGCCAUGGUUUCUUCAGCUACCGAAGUUCCAGCUGUGGGCUCUUUAUAUGCAAAACGUGGUCCUGAUCCCAAAAUUUUAGCUCGAAAACCAUCAAAUUCGUGAUAGAGAUCUGCACAUAAUAUACCAUUAUGUAAAUAGUGAUUGGCUGUUUAGUUUCGUGAAGUUACUGCAUUAUUAAUGUUGUUGUAUGAUAGCACAUGUUCGAGGCUAAAUAUUUUUCAGUAAUUCAAAUCGAAACGCCAAUAAUCAGUCCUCAAGUGGCAGCUUGCUCAA